AUGUCCACAUUUACACCAGCUAAGGGUUUGAAGAUGCCAAACAUUUACUCUCUUAAACUCAUGAUCAAUUUCCUGGUCAGACGAAGAUAGAUCACUCCCCUGAUCAGAAUCGCUUUCUUCGCUUAAAUUGCUUGUUUCUCCCCCUACUUCUGGCUCAAAUUGGUACGGUAACACUUCUCCUGCCUGUUUAUCGUAGGUAUUUUCCAUAAUAAUUAGUAAAAGGGUACAAUCUCCUUAUAAAACUUAGUGAAUCUCGAUAAACUCGAUACAAAAAUAUAUUGUUGUUUUGAUUCUACCCAGCCAAUGACGUCACACGGGUUCAUGUGAUCCGAAGAUAAUUUUUUAAAAAAGAUUUUCAAAAUGGCGGACGAUACAGUGACUUUAGCUGCAAAUAUCUCGCAAAUGAAAAAGUUUGGUAAAGAAUUAUUAUGAUAUUCAUUGUUAGAUGAUGUAACCCUUUCAAAAUAGGCAAUAAAAAUUUUGGGUGCUAAUGUCCUUUAAGGCUUAAUACUGGGUAGAUUUUGUUAAGUGCAUUGUAAAUCGUACUAUAUGUGUAUUUUUCAGACAAUUCAUUGUUUAUUGGGUUUGUAACCAAAACGCAGCUUUGCAAACUUAUCGAGGAGGGAGACAUCAGUCCAGCACUGCAAAACGCCUUAUACAAAAGUGUUAGAGCCUUCUAUGUUCGCACAUUGGAGUAUGCCAUUGAUAACCUGCCAUUAAAUGAUGAUUUGCUGGAAAAUGCAAAGCUUGUAAAUUUCAACAGGAGAGAAUAUGCCGAACUUUCUGAAGUGGAGUACUUUGUCAAUAGGUAAAUUGAAUUAUUAUAAUUAGUGCUUGGCCUCUAUUUUAAUGUACUAUAAUUGGUAUUUUACUUGUAAACUCAGGUUCAAAAUCCGAUGACGAUGUACCAAUAUUUUAGCUGCUCUCUCUCUCUCUUCCCCUCUGCUUAUUUUUUCCUUUUCACUUCUAUAGAUUUGAGCUUCUGUUAUCUUUCCAAUCCCCUCAAGAAAUGGAUAAGUUAUCUGAAGAAUUUGUUGAGUUUCAACUACUCUGUGAUGAUGACAUACGAAAACAGAUAUAUGGGAAAAAGCCACAGUUAAAGUUGACACUGUUGACGAGACGUGCUACCACAGAAUGGAUGUUAUUUGGCAUUACAUUUCAUCAAUGA